AUGGCGAACAACGAGGAGUUUGAUCAAUUUGAAGAAGAUUUGAAUGAAACACAAGAAACCCAGUCUGGAGACAGGAAGAAAAGAUUAUUUUCUAAAGAAUUAAGAUGUAUGAUGUAUGGAUUUGGUGAUGAUCAGAAUCCUUAUACUGAAUCUGUAGAUAUUUUAGAAGAUUUAGUAAUUGAAUUUAUAACAGUUAUGACUCAUAGGGCAAUGGAAAUUGGAAGAGCAGGACGCGUUCAAGUAGAAGAUAUUGUCUUCUUAGUUAGGAAAGAUCCAAGGAAAUAUGCUCGAGUAAAAGAUCUGUUAACAAUGAAUGAGGAAUUGAAGAAAGCUAGGAAAGCUUUUGAUGAAGUAAAAUAUGCCUCUGUAUAAAUAAAUCUAUACUUUGUAUAUAGGUCUGUGCAUAAUUACUUUAUAAUAACUAAUAUAAAUAACUUUUAUAUAACUUACAAAAUAGUUUUAAUGUUGUGAUAUGAUAAUGUUGAUAAACAUAGACUAUAAUUAUGUUAUAUGUAUUUUAUUGUUUUGUACAUUUCCAAACCAUAAUUUACAUUAUGUUAAACUAUGUAACUCAAUUACAAAUAAUCUGUAAAUUAUAAACAUUUAUAAUAAAUUUAAUUGACUUUCAAGUUAUGAUGAUUGAAACUGACGUGAUUUACGUAGUAUGUAAUUUAAUGCCCUUUAUUUGCAGUGUUAAGGAUUUUAUAAAACCAAAAAAAUAAUAAAUUUGUAUUAAGCAAAUUUUGUGUCAGUAACUCUUGCAUUUAAUAACUGCGAUAGAGAAUUUCUUUAAAAAAUAAAGUAUUCAGUAGCAGCACACCUCUUCCUACCUUGCAAAAGUUAGUAUGUCUAUACUUAAAUUUCAAAACUUAACUCACCUAAAAUGCCCAUCUGUAGCCGACUGGAUAAGAUCACUUAACACUGUUGUUGGAGUGGUUGCGAGUUUGCACCUUGCCAACUGGCUGGACACGUGGAGUUGUCCAGUUUUACAUUUAAACACCUAAUUUGGGGCAGUUUUCCAUAAAAGACUCAGGAGACAGAUCGCCCAUGUGUCACAUUGCAUUAACCAAAUAAACCAA